CUGGACCCCCUUGGGUGACAUUGGGGCACCCGUGGGUGAUGCUGAACCCCACUGGCUGACCCUGAAGUCCCCGUGGGUGACGCUGGACCCCCUUAGGUGACACUGGAGUACCUGUGGGUGAUGCUGGACCCCACUGGCUGACCCUGAAGUCCCCGUGGGUGACACUGGGGCACCCGUGGGUGAUGCUGGACCCCACUGGGUGACUCUGAAGUCCCCGUGGGUGACACUGGGGCGCCCGUGGGUGAUGCUGGACCCCACUGGGUGACUCUGAAGUCCCCGUGGGUGACACUGGGGCGCCCGUGGGUGAUGCUGGUGCCCCGUUGGGUGACCCUGGACCCCCUCCCCGGAUGACCCUGGAGCCCUGGGAUGUGUGGGGCAGCCUCCCGGCUACCCCCACCCGAGACGUGGGCCACGCUCCACACUACCACCAGGUCACGUUGCUCCGACUCGAGUCCCCCCCCGGGUCCCCCCCCCCCAUGCCCCCGCCCCUCCCGGGGGCGGUGCCGCCGGAGCCGGUGCCGGUGCCCCGAGGGCGGUGGAGCCCUGCGCCGAGCCGCACACCCCCCAUCAGGAGCUGCUGUCGCUGUCAUGGGCCACUGGGCAGUGGCCCCACCUCUGCUCAGCCGGGUCCUGCGUGGGGCAGAGGAGGAGCGCUCAGCCCAGGCGACGCUGGCUGCCUGGCGUGAGUACCGGCAUGCCUGCGAGCUGCGCCUGCGCCUCGACCCCCCGGCACCUGGACCCGUCUGCAACCGCAGCUUUGACAUGUACGCCUGCUGGGGGGACGCAGCCCCCAACAGCACCGUCACCGUCCCCUGCCCCUGGUACCUGCCCUGGCACCACCGAGUGCAGGGUGGGGUGGUGGCUCGGCGCUGCGGACCUGAUGGACGGUGGGUGACAGACGAGAUGGGGCGACCCUGGCGGGACCAUUCGCAGUGCGAGGACCUGGCGCAGGAGCAGCUGCUGCAGCAGCAGGCCUGGCUGCUGGAGCAGUUCCGUCUCCUCUACACCGUGGGCUACUCCCUCUCCCUCAUCGCCCUCCUCCUGGCACUGCUGCUGCUUCUGCUCUUCAGGCGCCUGCGUUGCACCCGCAACUUCAUCCACGCCAACCUCUUCCUCUCCUUCGUGCUGCGGGCAGGCGCCAUCCUGACACGGGAUGCCCUGCUCCAACGCCGCCUGCGCCCCGGUCCCGGGCACCCCCUGCAGCUGCUGGGCCAGCAGGCAGUGACAGGGUGCCGGCUGGCCCAGGCUCUCACCCAGUACUGUGUGGGGGCUAACUACGGGUGGCUGCUGGCCGAGGGACUCUUCCUCCAUAAGCUCCUGGUGCUGGCAGCCUUCUCCGGCGAGCGCUGCCUCCCUGCCUUCCUCCUCCUCGGCUGGGGAGCUCCCGUGCUCUUCGUGGUACCAUGGGUGGUGGUGAGGUACCUCUAUGAGAACGAGGGGUGCUGGGAGAGGAACGAGAAGGCAGCAGUAUGGUGGAUCAUCCGCUGUCCCAUCCUGACGGCCGUGGUGGUGAACUUCGUGGUGUUCGUGCGCAUCGUCCGCAUCUUGGUGGCCAAAGUCCGGGCGCAUCAGGUGUCCCGUGGGGACACCAGGGUUAGGCUGGCCAGGUCGACACUGACGCUGAUCCCGCUGCUGGGGGUGCAUGAGGUGGCCUUCGCCCUGGUGGGAGAGGGGCAGGGGGGUGGCACUCUGCGCCUGGUGCGGCUUUGCCUGCAGCUACUGCUCUCCUCCUCCCAGGGCCUCAUUGUCAGCGUCCUCUACUGCUUCGUCAACAAGGAGGUGCAGGCGGAGGUGCGACGCGGGUGGCAGCGGUGCCGCUUGGGUGCCCCAUGCCCCCCUGGCCGCCCCCGACCCCCCCCCCUGGGCACCCGCCGCUACGUGGCAGUGGGGGGGCAGCACCCAGCACCCCCCCAUCCCGGGGGGCACCCGAUUGCCGAGAGCUGCUGCUGA